AUGAGAGGUGUUGAUGAUUGCAUGGAACAUGAUGUGAUCUGUAAAGAACUUAUUCAUGAUGCACGAAAAGAAAGAAAAGAUAUUCAUGUCAUUGCAAUCGAUUUCAAAGAUGCUUUCAGCUCUGUUCCUACAGAGUACGCAAUUGAAGCACUCAGAGAAAUUGGCAUUCCGAAUGAACUUGUUAAUACCAUCAAUGAAUUAUAUAUUUAUAUGACGACAAAGUUUAGAAUUGGAAACAGAACAACAAACGAAAUUUCAGGGAAAAUGGGCUUUAAACAAGGAUGUCCACUCAGUCCUUUGUUUUUUUUCCCGCACAUUACAACCACGCUUGAAUGA